UUUACACUCGCCUCCUUUUAAUCCCGUGAGGCCGGGACCCCGCAAGCAAACCAAGCUAGCUUCUCCCUCGAAGGUCCUGCGAAUCUUCCAUGUCGCAAACGCAUUUCUCCAACUCCUCAACCCGGAUGGUCUCCAUGGCGCUCGGUUGCUCGUAUCAGUAGCGACCUUCGCGUCGUUGGUCGGCCUCUGUACGUUGAGCAUCGCGUCGGUCGCUCGUAUCAGUUGCCAUUCUUCUCUUCCACCCUCGGCUCAGGCGGGAAAGCUGCCGGCGGCGAGGUGCGGCGGCGACCCCGGCGCUUCCUGCAUCUGUCUCCCCUCUUUGCCACCACGCCGGCAUUCCGUGAUCGUGUCUUGCACAGCUGUACGGUUGUGCCGCAGCUUCGGCGCCUGCCACCUGUUCGACGGAAUGCCUCGGCCGCAAGAAGGCAACAAGAGGGCCGCUCUGGCCCGCGGCGAGGGCAUCAUCGGCGCCCUACCGGACGAUCUCCUGCAGCACGUGCUCUCCUUCCUCCCGGCGCAGCAGGCCGUGCGGACCUGCGUGCUCGCCCGGCGCUGGCGCGGCCUCUGGAAAUCCGCCACAAGCCUGCGCAUCACCGGUGUCCAUGAGUCGGAGGUGACGCCCGUCCAGGAGCUCCGCGAGUUUGUGAACCACCUUCUGCUCCUUCGCUGUCGAGCGCCGAUCGACACGUGCGAGCUCAGGUUCGCCGUGGUCUCCGACGACGACGUGCCCCGUGUGAGCCUCUGGAUCCGGCACAUUAUGCUCUGCCAAGUUCGGCUGCUCCGGCUCGAUAUCUCUCGGGACGGCUAUGGUGUUUACUUUUACGUAGACAACCUGCCUCUUGCCUCUCAGCAUCUGACGAGGCUAGAGCUCAUUGACACAGGGUUAAACGACAGCUUCCUCGAUUUUGCCGGCUGUCCGGUGCUGGAAGAUCUAGUAAUCAUCAAUGGCUGUUUCGUCCAUGUCAGGAGGAUCUCUUCAAAGUCUCUAAAACGCCUGGCCAUUGCUGAUAGCAGUUUCAAUCAGCAUGCCCGUACUCGUAUUUACGCUCCAAGUCUCGUUUCUCUACGACUCGAGGACAACUGGGACAGGACUCCUGUGCUUGACAGCAUGCCGUCGUUGAAGGCUGCAUUCGUCAGAUUUAUCAAAGAAUCUGUGGACAGGUGUUUUUAUUCCGACUCUUGGGAUUGCCACAACGAGGACUGUCAAGGUUGUUACGAUCUACAGGCUGUUAACUCUCAUGACUCGGUGCUUCUCAAAGGUUUAUCAGAGGCUGAGAAUUUGACAUUGAUAGAUGAACAUGACACGUUUAUUUUCAGAAGGGAUUUGAUAUGGUGCCCUACAUUUAGUAAGUUAAAGACCUUGUUACUCAAUGAAUACUGGUGCGUGCCUGACGACUUCCGCGCACUAGCUUUUAUUCUUGAACACUCACCAUUUCUGGAGAUUCUCACUCUUCAGUUCUUUUCCAAGGGACCUAAUCAUAAAGUGGAAAUAAAAGGAGGUUACAAUGCAGUGGAGACCUCAGCUGCAAUAUCAAAACAUCUUAAGGCAGUCGAAGUCAAAUGUAACUCGGUUGAUGCGGAGGUUCUCAAAAUUUUGAAGUUCCUUGGUACACUUAACAUAUGUUUCUAGGGAGAGAAGACCUUGGCUGAAGACAUAUGGCCUAUUUCAUCUUAAUUACUGUAUUAAGGAACGAAUGCAGUUUGCAGCAGUGACGAGGAUGCGAUCUUUUGUUGGACAUUCAUGUUGGUUCGACUCGGUGAAGCAGCUUAGAAAAAGUAGUGACAUGUACUAUUUUUUUAAUCGCCCUCCCUUGACUGAUUUAUCUCGCUGAAGAUGUAUUUUGACUUCUGUUGUUGUAUUAAUGUGUCGGAACCUUGCGCCA